AAGUCAACUUCGAUUAUAAUAUCUAAAUCGUGUUUGUUUUCAAAGCAUUUGAGAGCUUGAUCGCCUCCAUUUUUCAAACUUUUUUUACAUUUCUAAAAUUAGACGCACCUUGUUUGUAGAAACGACGUUAACCCUGACACUGUAAUUUGCAAAGGAACUUCAAAAUUUCUGGGUCUAUUUAGUAAUGGCGUCUGGGAAAUGCAUAUUGAUUUCAGGUUCCCCAGGUGUGGGGAAGACAACUCUGCUUAUAAGAGUGUUGGAACGUCUCAGAGCUUCAAACCCUAAUUUGAAAGUUCAGGGUUUUUAUACCCGGGAAAUCAGACAAGAAAAUGAAAGGGUUGGUUUUGAAGUCAUUACUGUCAAUGGUCAAAGAGGUAAUCUUGCUUCUAUUAACCAUCCCAGCCCUGAAUCACAACGUUGGCCUACUGUUGGGAGAUAUCGGGUGGAUGUAGCUUCUUUUGAAACCAUAGCUUUGCCUGAACUGGAGAUUAAAGAUGAUACAGAUUUGUUCGUUAUUGAUGAGGUUGGCAAAAUGGAGCUUUACAGUUCAUCAUUUCUCCCAGCAGUCAUUAGACUCUUAAACACCAAUGUCCCUCUUUUGGCUACUAUACCAAUAGCAAAAUAUGGCCGAGAUAUACCUGGAGUUGCAAGACUGAGGAAUCAUCCCGGGGCAACCAUCUACACACUCGACCUGCACAACAGAGAUUCGUAUAGAGAAAGGGUGUACUCUCACGUGGUUGAUCUUCUCUGUAAGCAUUAGAAGCUGUGGAGAAGUCGGUAAGUUGGCUUCUUUCAGAAAGAUCGCAGGAAAAACCCAGUUCUGUGAUCAGCAUUAUUCCUUUUCGUAAUUUCACACAAACUCGUCCCGAACCAAACUGAUAUAUGUUUAGAUUACAUAUGUCUCUUAGGCUCAUUUUCCAGGCAUUUGUCUAGCUAGAGGUUUUUUAUGUCUCCAUUUGUGUUUGUAUAUUUUUACACACAACAAAAUACCGAGUGUCAGUUGCAUGAAUGAAUUAAUAUAUUAUUUUCAAUGGUCAUUCGUCCACAUGGUUUCUUCUCCUUCGUUUGUUUCGAUUUCUGAACAUCUCAAUCUAUUUGUCG